UUUGCAGAGUAGGGACUACAGAGCAAAAGUAAAAUAAGAAGAAAAAUAAAAGAACAGAGCAUCUAGCAGUCAUAAGAGUGACAGACUUCGUCGCCGAUUCGAUUUUCCGGCCAAACUCCGACUCCGAUUCCGCAGCCACAUAGGUGUUUCUGGACAAUUAUGGAAUCUAACAGAGGCCAGAGUGGAGGAAUUCAACUUCUUUUAUCUGCAGAGCAAGAAGCUCAGCACGUUGUCAAUGCAGCUAGGAGUGCUAAACAGGCUAGGUUGAAACAAGCAAAGGAAGAAGCUGAGAAGGAGAUAGCUGCAUUACGCGCUCACUUGGAAGCUGAAUUUCAGAAAAAGCUCUCAAAGAGCACUGGCGACUCAGGCGCUAACGUCAAGCGUCUCGAGCACGAAACAGAGGCAAAGAUUCAGCAUCUAAAGGCAGACACUAAAAGAAUCUCUCAUGAUGUUGCCCAGAUGCUGCUGAGGCAUGCAACCACAGUGAAGAACUAAAAUCUCUUAUGUGUGAGCUGUGAUGCUGUGGGCCUGUUUGAAUGAAGGCAGUGUACUAUUUGUACAAGAUGCUUGCACUUCUAGGUGAAGUACCAACACCAUUAUUAUUUGUUAAUUGUAUUAUCUGCAAUAAUUAGCAUUCAAAUCUUCUUGUUCUAUGUGGCAGCCUUUAAUUGUCCUUCAACUCAUGGUAUCACUGCAAUAAAAAUGUCUUCCCACUAUUAUUUAAAAAAAAGGGUUGUAGACUUGUAGUACAGUGGGCAGGUUUCAAAACAUUAUAUUAAUAGUUGGCUAGAAAGGGGUGGUCGAGCAAAUAGAGUGUGACUCUCGUACAGUCGUACCAGGUUACAAGUUUGAUUCUUAUCAACAUUUUCUCAAUUUAGCCCGUUAUAUAGAAUCUUUUGAGUGGUGUUUUACCUU